AUGGCAUCUAGCAGUUGUGUUAUGAAGUGUCUUUGUGGUAAAAAAAGAAAUGAUAUGAACGAUUUGAAUUGGACAAGACAUGUAGCUUCAUGUGAAGUACAAAAACGAAAAAAAAACAAUACCGAUAUUUCAGCAUUCUUUACUUUACAGAGAAAACGUAAAUUGUCUGAAGAGAUUAAUAGCAACUCUGAAGAUGUAUUAACAACAAAUAAGGAUGAUGAAAUGACCGGUGCUUGUAUUCAAGAUUUUAUUGAAAUACCACAAAAUUCUCUUGACUUGGAUCAUGACUCUGAACCAAGUGGUAAGACAAAUAAAGUGGAAAUAAUAAAUUCUAAAGAGAAAAAUGAGUCAAUAUUAGAAAUUAGUGGACAAACCGAGCAAUUAAAUCCUUCAGGCACAUUUCCUACAGUAUUUCCAAAUGACCCUGGAAAGCUGCCACUGGUAUUAUCAAAUGAGCUACUACAUCACUUUUCAUCAUUAGGCCCUUGUCAACCAAUUGCAUUGGAGUUAUUGAAUUAUGAGUUCCCCAAGAAAAAAUAUCCAAAUGGUGAUGUGCGAUCAUUUCAUGAAAAUUUUUACAACCGUAAAAUUCAAAAUGGACGGAUGUUUGUAAAAAGGUGGUGGCUUUCAUACUCGCCAUCACAAGAUAAGUUUUUUUGCAUAUCGUGUAAGCUUUUUGGCCUUCCAAAAGCAAAAAAUUCAUUCUUAGCCAAAAUAGGGUCAAAUGACUACAAAAAUAUUAAAAGAACAAUUGAUUCUCAUGAAAGUUGGUCAGAGCAUAUUAUCAAUGAAAUAGCUAGAGGUUUGUAUCAGAAGAACAUGCGAAUUGAUACAGGAAUCUUAGAAGCAGCUAAUCGUCAAAUCGCUGAAAACCGAGCAGUUAUGUCAGCUAUAAUUGAAGCAAUACUAUUUAUUGCUAGACAAAAUAUAGCUUUGCGAGGGCAUGAUGAAGGCUAUAAAUCAUCUAAUCGUGGGAAUUUUUUGGAAUUAUUAAAACUGUUAUCUAAUUACCAUGCUCCAUUAAAAUACCAUAUGGAUAAAAUAAAUGAAAAUCAGCAUAACCGUGUAACAUUUUUAUCAAAUGUCACUCAAAACAAUAUCAUGAAUAUUUUGUCAGAAAAAGUUCGUUCAUUUAUAUUAAAAGAAGUAAAACAGGCUAACGAAUUUGCUGUAAUUAUUGACACUACUACUGAUAUAUCAAAUAUUGAGCAGUAUACAUUUAUUUUAAGAUAA